AGAAGGAGAGGCCAGGAGGUGGACUGAUGUGAGAGGCGACAGCGGCCCCUGCUGUUGGAAGGCUCAAGCUGCAAGAGAGGAGGCCCCUUCCAGCCUGAGGUGUAGCCCUGCAGCCUGCUACAUGCUUCCCCGGCGGGAGAACACCAACACACCUUCAGUGUUGGUGUCCUUUGAAGAUGUGGCUGUGGACUUUACCCAGGAAGAAUGGCAGACAAUGGACAAUACGCAGAGGACCCUGUACAGGGAGGUGAUGCUUGAGACCUAUAACAAUCUGCUGUCAUUGGGGUACUCCAUGACAAAGCCUGAUGUGAUCUUCAAGUUGGAGCAAGGAUCAGCACCAUGGACAGUGGAGAAACCUGUGAAGCAGAGACUUCCAGAUCCCCAUGGAAAGAAUGAGCUGUUUGGAGCUAAUCAGAAAGGUCAAGAAAUAAUCUCAAAAUUUUUCAGAAGGUUCUUAGAGAGGUCCUCUCUGGUCCGAAGGCAGAACCAGCAGAGCGUCAACCUGUUCAGUUAG